GAUAUGCUGGGAUUACUGUGCGGAAGACAUUAAAUUUUCAUCUUGCUGGGAAAAAAAGAGAGAAUCAAACAUGGUUGUAUGGUCAAGUGACGAGCGCGCCAUUAUCACUUCCCUCUGGGGAAGCGUUAAUGUCGCUGAAAUCGGACCCCAGGCCUUGGCGAGGGUUUUGAUCGUGUACCCCUGGACUCAGCGUUAUUUUGGGAAAUUCGGGGACCUGUCCAGCGUUGCGGCAAUCGUGGGUAACGCCAAGGUUGCGGAACACGGGAAGACGGUUCUGGGGGCCCUCGGUAAAGCUGUGAAAAACAUGGACAACAUCAAGGCCACAUACACCAAGCUCAGCAAGCAGCACUCCGAGGAACUGAACGUCGACCCCGAUAACUUCAGGCUGUUGGCCGACUGUUUGACCAUUGUUGUGGCGACGAAGUUUGGCGCUGGAUUUUCCCCAGCAGUCCAGGCUGCGUGGCAAAAAUUCGUGGACGUCGUGGUCAGCGCCCUUUCAAAGCAGUACUUUUAGAACCAACCUAUCACUGAAUUAUCGAAUACAAUAAAGCACAUUUAAACAGAAA